GCGAUUAAUUUUGCUGCCAGCAGGCUGCCCGCAUCCUCGCGCCGCCGCAGCCGCACUUAUUGAUGGACGCUGCGCCGUCCGUGACCUACGCGUCUGCCCGAAAUCCAGUGGCUGCUAUUAAGACUGCCAUCCUCCGUACCAUUGAGGAGCGUUCAGACAAUCCCCGCAAGGUCUGGGCCGCUCUCUGCGCGUCGGCACGCGUGCAAGUUAACGAGAGCCUCACGACGGAACAAUUCACAACCGCGCUGAAAUACACGGGCACCGGCAUCCAACUCACGCCCGGCGACACGGAGCUCGUGCUCGGCGCCGAACCCCUCACGUUCGCCCGGUUCCAGGCGUUCGUCGCGGAGAAUCCCUCGUGGUAAAAUGAUCCUCACGCUGUGCACCGCCUGCGCCGCGCCACUGCCUGACGAGCCCAUGCAAUGUGCAGAAUGCGCCACUCGAUACUGUUCUGAGCGUUGUGAGCGCUACGACCGGCGCCGCGGCGGGCACGGGAGGAUUUGUGGUGCCAUCGCAAGUGGCGGCGGCGCGGAACAAUACCACGCCGACAAAAAGUACGCGGAGGCCGUCGACGUCGCGGUCGAAGAGUGCGCCGAGGACGCCGAAGGUCAGACGUGCUACAUCUGCACGGAGGCCCUCCAUGCGGAAACGAAGGAGGGUCUCGUGCGCGGGUGUGCGUGCCGCGGGACGGCGGGAUUUGCCCACGUGUCGUGCUUGGCGGAGCAGGCGAAGAUUUUGGUCGCGGAGGGUGAGGAGAAUAACCUGGGCCUCAGUGCGUUGAAUGAUAGGUGGGCGCGGUGGGACACAUGUAGCCUGUGCAAGCAAAUGUACUACGGCGUUGUGUAUUGCGCUCUCGGCUGGGCGUGCUGGAAGACGUACGUGGGGAGGCCGGAGACAGAUCGAUAUCGGCGCACCGCAAUGGGCGUCCUUGGGAACGGUUUAGAAUUCGCAGAACGCAACGAUGAGGCAUUGCCCAUCAAAGAGGCCGAAUUGUCUAUGGAGCGGCGCCUUGGCGCAUCAGAAGAUAGCAUCCUCGUCGUGCAGGGCAAUCUUGCGAACACAUAUGCUAAGGCUGGAAGGUCUGAAGAUGCCGUGUGCACGUCGCGAGACGUUUACCUCGGGCAUUUGAAGCUCUACGGCGAAGAAAAUGAAAAAACCCUCAGGGCUACCAACAACUACGCGUCGAUCCUUGUCGAUCUGCGGCACUUCAAAGAGGCCCAGUCAUUGAUGCGUAAAACGAUUCCCGUGGCGCGGCGCGUUCUGGAAGAGAGUAAUGAAACCACGCUCAGGAUGAGGUGGACUUACGCGAUGGCACUCUUUUUUGAGGACUCCACCGCCACGCUCGACGAUCUCAGCGAGGCCGUGACGACGCUCGAGGACAUAGAACAGAUUGCGCGGCGCGUGUUCGGUGGCGCGCAUCCGACCACCUCGGCGAUUGAGGAGAACUUGCAAGACGCGCGAGCCGUGCUCCACGCCCGCGAAGAAACGCCUUCGCCAGGGAAUGCGUCGUCGUCAUAAGCGUUCUACUACUAGC